AUGACUACCACAAACCCCCAAUACAACCUCCGCAACCCUCUCCCACUCUCCGCCGCCCAAGAAGCCGAAGUCAAGCAAUUAUACUACAAGCGCGUACGAUCCCUUUGCGCGCCGGAAAUCAAAGCAUUCGCCGAAUGCGCCGUUAACCGCACUGUCACAGCAACAUGGGUGUGCCGGACACAGCGACUCGCGAUGAACUCGUGCAUGGUUGAGCAUGCGAAGCCUGAGGAGGAGGACCGGGCGCGCGAGGAGUGGUUCUCGACGCAUAGUGAGCGGCGGCGGGCGAAGGAGGAGGAGACUCAGAAGGUGGAGAAGCGGAGGGAGGAGGUUAUUCGGAUGAUGAGAGAGGACGAAAGGAGGAGGAAUGAGGCUGCUGCUGCGAGUUCAGGGAAGUCAAAUUGA